GCAUGGUCCGCCUUUGUCUGCAGAAUCUCACUUUCCUACCCUCAUUGAGAAGACAUGGGCGAGUCAAAUCACUGGCGAAUGAAAUUAAACAAUUACCUCCAGGCGAACGGAGGCAACCAUAUACUGUCGUGGGAUAUCUCCCAGAGCGGCCCUCUGCAUCGCCCUGUGUGGGCAGCAGUAGCUUACAUUCGAGGCGUCGAGUACGGCAGAAGCACCGGCUCUAGCCAAGACGCUGUCAAGGAGGAGGCCGCGCGACAAACGCUAGCGGCGCUGCAGCACGACAGAGGCAUGAGAGGAUGAUUCCAUGCGUCCCGCGUCUUUCGUAUGCUGUCACUUUGCUAUUGCUAUUGUUAUCGUUAUAUUCUGCCUCACUCCGCCAUCGUCACCCAAGGACACUCUGGAUAAAUUAUUCUGCUAUGGAUUCAUCCCCGCAUGAGCAUCGGACUUUGUCUUGUAGAUGCUAUAUCCAUCGUAACUCUAUUAUGUAUGCCCUCAACUCGCUGUCUCAUUUUCAACUAGCAUCGUAUUGCUUGAAUAAUAUAUUCUAACUUUCUUGGAGCUCCUUCCACGCAUGCUUGAGCACCUAGGCCCGUGAUCAAGCUCAUUCCCUGUAAGAUAAUGAGCUUCCUAUCAUUGCUUCUCAUAUGAACAGCGCAGCAGAUGAUUAUAAUAUUGACGUUUCUACCAUGCUUCUCCCGAGGCGCGUUGCUGUCGAUCACUGCUGUGCCGCUGCAGACAGUGACCGCAGCUUGCAUUAAAGCAUUCUCAAAUGACGACAGUGCGAUCGGCGCAGCUGCUUGUAGGUCCUUGACGCUUCAACUGACACCGUGCCGGCGUUUCAGCGAAGCAUCACCACUGCUGCGCAGUCACGGCGCAUGCAUUGUCGCGUCACCGCGUGAUUAGAUAUCUA